UUGACUCACUGCUCUGCCAACAGCCCACGGCUUGCGCGAGGCUAUAAAACCUGCCAGUGAGGGAGGAGGCCCGGUGCCGCCCUGCAUUGCACAGUCCGAGCGCGCAGACAUGACCCGAGCGGUAGAGCGGGGCCAAGGGGCGGCGGGCUGGGGGCUGCGCGGCGCCCUGGUGGCCGUAGCGCUGCUGUCGGCGCUGAACGCCGCGGGCACCGUGUUCGUGCUGUGCCAGUGGCGCGGGCUGAGCGAGGCGCUGCGGGCGCUGGAGGCGCAACGCGGCCGGGAGCAGCGCGAAGACAGCGCCCUACGCGCCUUUCUGGCCGAAUUGAGUCGCGCCCCGGGUCGGGUCCCCGAAUCACCCCAGGACCCUGCGAGCGCAGCGCGCAACAAGCGCAGCCACAGCGCAGAGCCUGCGCCACACCUCCGCGCCGAGAGCCAGGACAUGAUGAUGAUGAUGACCUACUCCAUGGUGCCGAUCCGAGUGAUGGUGGACCUGUGCAACAGCACCAAGGGCAUCUGCCUCACAGGACCACCUGGCCCACCAGGACCCCCAGGAGUUGGUGGGUUACCAGGACACAAUGGAUCCGAUGGACAGCCUGGUCUCCAGGGACCAAAGGGUGAAAAAGGAGCCAAUGGGAAGAGAGGAAAAAUGGGGUUACCUGGAGCUACAGGAAAUCCAGGGGAAAAGGGAGAGAAGGGAGACGCUGGUGAGCUGGGUGCUCCUGGAAAUGAGGGCCCGCCGGGGCAGAAAGGUGAAAAGGGAGACAAGGGAGAUGUGUCCAACGACGUGCUUCUGACAGGUGCCAAAGGUGACCAAGGCCCCCCUGGACCCCCUGGACCCCCUGGACCCCCAGGGCCUCCAGGCCCUCCUGGAAGCAGAAGAUCCAAAGGCCCUCGGCAGCCAAAUACGUUCAACAGCCAGUGUUCAGGUGAGACGUGUGCCGUACCGAAUGACGAUACCUUGGUGGGGAAAGCUGAUGAGAAAGUAAAUGAACGCCAUUCUCCACAAACAGAAGCCAUGAUCACUUCCAUUGGAAACCCAGCCCAAGUACUAAAAGUCAGGGAGACUUUUGGGACUUGGAUAAGAGAGUCUGCCAACAAGAGUGAUGACCGUAUCUGGGUGACUGAACAUUUCUCAGGAAUCAUGGUGAAGGAGUUCAAAGACCUGCCCGCACUUCUCAAUGGCAGCUCCACCCUCAUCCACCUCCCACAUUACUUCCACGGCUGUGGGCACGCGGUCUACAACAACUCUCUCUACUACCACAAAGGCGGCUCCAACACCAUAGUGAGAUUUGAAUUUGGCAAAGAGACACCCCAGACUCUGAAGCUUGAAAAUGCUUUGUAUUUUGAUCGAAAAUACCUCUUUGCAAAUUCCAAGACUUACUUCAACAUAGCUGUGGAUGAGAAGGGCAUCUGGAUUAUCUAUGCUUCAAGCGUGGAUGGCUCAAGCAUCCUUGUAGCACAGCUGGAUGAGAGGACAUUCUCUGUGUUGCAACACAUCAAUACCACGUACCCCAAAUCCAAGGCUGGCAACGCCUUCAUAGCUCAGGGAAUCCUCUACGUCACCGACACCAAAGAUAUGAGGGUCACGUUUGCCUUUGAUCUGUUCAGAGGAAAACAGAUCCACGCAAACUUUGAUUUCAGAAUGUCCUCAACUGUUCUUGCCAUGUUAUCAUACAACAUGAGGGAUCAGCAUUUAUAUUCAUGGGAAGAUGGCCAUCUGAUGCUUUAUCCUGUGCGGUUUUCGUCAGCAGCAUCGAGCCAGCGAUAGGCUGCUGCCUGUUUCUUCAUUACACUCCACGUGUUCCCUGGGGCUUGUGCGAGCCCAGCAGAAAGCUUGUCUGUAAGGGAUAUCCAGGUACUCGGAGCAUAACCCAUGCCACAGGACUCGUGCAAGCAGCGACCCCCCUUUAAACCGGGUUGCUUAGAUAGCUACAGAUUGGAAGUGGAAAAUGGCUGAAAUCUCGAGAUUCCUCCUCAAACUCGGAAAGUUGGCUCUCUUCCUUGGGCCUUAGUUUCCCCAUUGGUAAUAUGAAACACCUGAAUAUGUUGAUAACAAUUUCCUCUACCUGCAUGAAAUUCCGUGAUUCUUAGCUGAUUAUAUAUUAGAUUGCUUUCUGGUUGGUUUUUCCCCCCUACAUGUAAACACAUUUAUCUUUGGCUUGAGGGAUGAACUCAUGGGCAAUGACUUACAUUUGAUAUCUAGAGAAGGCUCUCACUGGCUCUGAAGGCUUCUAAGGUGCCAUGUUUUCCAUGAUUUGGUAUUUUUCUCUGGAGGUGCACCUGUCACCACAGAAUGGUCAUUCUUUUUGGCUCCUAAGUACAAACCCAAGAUUAGUGAAACCUGGGAAAGCUGCAGGCUCAGGUCUCUGAACGAAACUGCAUCAAGCCCUUCUAGGGGCCUGUCAAUUUCUGAUCAUGCCUGUUUGUUGCUGGGGAGCAUAAACACGGAUUCCUCAGCUCAUGGCCACUCCUGCCAAGGCUACGGGAUUGCUAUCAGAGUGUUAAACACUGAGUGGGCAAUAGUCUGGUCAGAACCUGGGAACAUGAUGGUUUUUCAGAAGAGAGGCAUCAUGUGCAGUCACUCUCUAGAAUGCGGGAUGACAUCUGGUUCAAAGGCCAGAGUCAGUCUAUCUCCCACUCCUGUAAGGGGCGUCACAUUCCUGCACCAAAGAACCAUACUGCAGACCAUGACAGCCACGAAGCAUGGCAGUUCUGAAAAAUGCCAAAACAUUACUACCCAAUCCUUACCACCCAAACGAAGUAAGUGAACCUCCAGUCAGCAAGGUAUUCUCUCCAAAUGGUUCUCAAGGUUUGAUCUGUUCCUCUUGGACAGUAAGAAAAUGAUCGUUUCAUUGGCUCCCACACGCCCUUAAACAGGCAUGUUUUCUGCCAAGCCCUUCAGCCUGGCACUGAGUCCCAGGCAGGGCCAUGGAGGUCAAGAGGGAGCUGAGAAUUUCAUUGCCCCCGAAGACAGGAAGAGAAACUACAGAAACUGUCCAGGAAAGACUGGACAACAAUUUGUUCCAGUGUGUGUGUUCUGAAACAUCUUCUCUGGGCCCAAACCCAUUCUCAGGGGCCCCGUGGCCUGCUUUGGGGCCCCGUGGCCUGCUUUGAUCUUUUUAAUGGAAGCACUUUAAGACUUGGGGUGUGCAUAUUUAACUAUUUCAAUUUUUCCGACCUCUGAAAACACCCAGGCAGCUGUUAGUGGUGCACUGGCUGAGUUCUCAAGCUAAUGGGCCCCGAAGCUUCUCCACCUCUCCAUUGGUUGGUCCACCAGUCGUCACAGCUUUUGAAGAUAUUCUCUCAGAUUCAGCUGUUGCAAUGAGGAGUUCUCCUGUUUUUUUUCAGUGUCUAAUGAAUGCUAUUGUUCCUUCAAAGUAUACAAAUACAUGGUACUGUUUCUGAGUACAGUAAACCUGGAUAUAAACAU